ACUCUCGUUGCAGCCAAGAAAGUGCAUGCUGUUGAGAAGAUGAGAUGGAGUAACGUGUCGUUGAAAAGCAAAGUAAUACUGCGGUCUACAGUUAUCUUGCUAAGUUACAAACAUAUACUUACGAUGUAAAUAGGUCCAAGUAUGGAAGAUCACGGAAUGCUGGACUUUUAAGAAUUUCCAUUUUUGGAUUGGAACUAAAAACCAAGCAAACAGAUAAAGUAGCCCAGCCCAGCAGCAUGGCAGAGGCCUUGCUGGAGCAAGUGAAAAAACUGGAGGCAGAGCUGGUGAGGCUAAAGGCACAGCUGAGAGAGAGGGAAGGACCUUCGGCCGAACCUGAUGUUGCGGAGAGGGAUGGCCAAGGGAAUGAUGGGAGGCAGAAAGGAAAGAAAGGGGGCCAGGGACGGGUCUUUGAUUUUUCCGUCCACCCCAGGCGGCACGUGGCCUUGCGGCUGGCAUACCUGGGCUGGGGCUACCAGGGCUUUGCUGUUCAGGAGAACACAGACAACACGGUGGAGGCCCGGCUGUUCGAAGCUCUGCUGAAGACCAGGCUCAUACAGGACCGACAUAGCUCCAACUACCACCGCUGCGGCCGCACGGACAAGGGAGUCAGCGCCUUCUCCCAGGUGAUAUCCAUCGAUUUGCGUUCCACUCAGUUUGGUGGGGGGCUGGGUGUUACCCUACCAGCUCAGGCUGAAGGGAAAGGCAAACCCGAUGUAUCAGAGCUGCCCUACGCCAAAAUGCUGAAUCGAGUGCUGCCGCAGGACAUAAGGGUUUUAGACUGGGCGGCUGUGGAAACCGGCUUCAGUGCUCGCUUUGACUGCCAGUCCAGGACGUACCGCUACUACUUCCCCCGUGGAGACCUGGACGUGGAGCUGAUGGGGGAAGCUGCCAAACGAUAUGAAGGCACCCAUGACUUCAGGAACAUUUGCAAGAUGGAUGUUGGCAAUGGGGUCCUGCAGUUCCAACGGACCAUCCUGUCUGCCACCAUCCAGCCAGCUCACCCCCACAAGUCAAACUCCCCUGAUCCCUAUGACCUGUUUGUGUUUGAAAUAAAGGGUCUGGCUUUUCUGUAUCACCAGGUACGCUGCAUGAUGGCUGUCCUGCUCCUCAUUGGACAGAAGCUGGAGGCUCCAGAGUUGAUUGAUCAGUUAUUGGAUGUUCAGAGCAAUCCCAGGAAACCUCAGUACAGCAUGGCAGUGGAUUACCCCCUGGUGCUGUAUGACUGCCACUUUGAGGGGCUGCUGUGGCAAAGUGAGCCGGAGGAGGUCCGGCAAGUUCUGGGCACACUGCAGAACCACUGGACGCAGACAGCGGUCAAGACCCAGGUCCUCCAUGGGAUGAUCCAAGGCCUGCAAACCUCAGGUGAGUCUUGCUGCUCUCUUCCUUGCUGGCUCCUGGAAGGAACCAGACAGCGUAACUACCGCCCCCUGCUGGAUCGGCCUCGUUGCGAGAGCCUGGAGUCCAGAAUAGAACACUUUGUGAAGAGAGGCCGACUGGAGCGUGAGGAGGGCGAGAAUGGGGAAGGGCCAGUGCACAGGGGCAAGAGGUCAAAACACCAACACGGCCCCUCGAAUCAUCCCAGCAACAACUCCUCCUCCUCCUCUGACCCCACCAGCCAAGGACUUGAUUUGAUCUGACAUGAAGUCAUUUCAUUCCUUUUUUAUUUUUUACUUUUGAUUCAUUUCUUUUAUAUUAAGCAAUGGUUUGACUGGAGGUCCAUGCAAACCAUUUGAAUGCACAUAAUUCUGUAGGAUAUAUAACCAAGAAUUUCAUUUAUUUAUGGAGAUUUGGUUUGCCAAACUUUUGGUUGCAAGUGAAGCCAAAACUGCAUUGUAGGUGACUGAUGCUUCACAAGAUUUGAUUGUUGCAGUAAUAAAAAUGAUCCCCUUUAA